UGGUCUUCCACUCAGAAAGUCAAGUGAGACUUACUUGGCUGUUGUUCAUGUCACGGAUUUGCAUUUUAGUUAUGAAAGAAGCCAAGUGGUCUGCUUAAAAGCAUAUUGUGCCAAUAUAUUCUUAAGGAAAACAUUUGAUUUUUUAAAACUUGUUCUUACAGACUUAAACCUGCAGUAGAUCUAAUUGCAUUAGGUGCUGCACCUCCAUGAAACUGCUGAAGCAGUGACAGAACAGGCGGAGGAAUAACUGAGAAUGAGAGUAGAUUCUUGAAGACCAGAAAAUGGGUUUAACAGGAAUGUCGUUGGUAAUCCUAAAGUGUAAGCACAUUAUAUGUGUAAACAGGCAAAAUUCCAGUAGUGGUUAAAAUCAUCUGGACUUUACUCAAGGCUUAUUCCUACAAAAAAAAAAAAAAGAUGCAGGGGGCAUCCAGGGUGCAGUUUGUUCUACUGAGCUGGUGCUGGAGGCAGGGGAGCCCCUACCAAGGUUCAGCACUACCAUGUCCCUUGCAGGUACUAGACAAUGUCACCUUAGGUUACCAGGCACACUAGGGGAGUUUACAUGCCGAAAGCCAGAUCCUCAAGCAGCAGCGACCUUGGGCCGCUGGAGGACCAGGCUACCAGACAUUAUGUGUCUGCAUCUGGAGCCCAGUGACCCCAGGCACGUGAAGGGACGAGUUGUGCAGCAGCCGUGCUCAAAAGCACAUUGCCCUGGGGUGUGCUGGGCACAGGCACUGGCCUCUCACUGCAAAUAAGGAUAAAACCAACCAACUUUCAAAACUUGAGCUGGCUUUGGAGUGGGGCCAGCAGCUCAUCCCCUCUCCUGAGUUCUAGGCAGGGCUGUGGGGAGCUGGGCAGGUUUGACAGACAAAAGAGAGGCAGAGAGACUCCACCUGCAGCUGCUGCUGCAUGAGUGGGAAUUAGAGAAGACUGAGCUGAACUUCCUGUCUGCAGGGGACUUGGAUAAGGGAGCGGGGCGGGCUGGGCUUGGCUUCCGCUCCCCCUGGCAUUGCUAUGGCUGCCAUAGCAGCGUUGGGGUGCUACCAUAGCAGCAUUGGGGUGCUGCCAGCUGCUGCACAGGUACUGAUGGGCCCUGUGUGGGGACAGGCUGCCGAAAGCAAGCAGCAAUUUUGGCCUAGCAGCAGCACCCUGCCUCUGUGAAAAGGGUGUCAGCAAAGCUGUGUCCAGGCUUUGGACACUGCUGAGCCAACUCUGCUCCCUUCCAAAAGGGCAGGGUUGUCAGGCUGUAUGUGGUGGGUUGGAAGAGCAAAGACACGUAAAAAGCUUUCUCUGUAGUGCAGAUUGAACAGCAGCUGGAUUCACAUAAUUAGAGGACAUCUGCAGUACUUUGCACUUGGGACUCCUGCUCAGAAGACCCUUGUUCCUGCAGAAGGAUGGCUGCAAAGAAGAAGGAAGUAGUACUGCAGAUUAACAUCAACAGCCAGGAGCUUUGGGAAGAAAUGCUGUGUCUCAAAGGACUCAUUGUUGUUGAUGUGUUUCAAGCCUGGUGUGGUCCAUGCAAAACAGUAGUGGAUCUUUUCCAAAAAAUAAGGAAUGAAGUUGGCAGUGAUCUCCUGCAUUUUGCUGUGGCUGAAGUUGAUUCCAUUGACAGUCUGGAAAAAUACAGAGGAAAAUGCGAGCCUGUCUUUCUGUUUUAUGCAGGAGGAGAAUUAGUAGCUGCAGUAAGAGGAGCAAAUGCACCAUUGCUGCAGAAGACCAUCCUUGAACAGCUGGCUGUGGAAAGGAAGGUUUUAGAAUAUGGAGGACAGCGUGUGGUAGUACAAGAUGGAGCCUUCGCCAAAGAAGAGGGAAAAGUGGCUGUUCUUCAGGAACAGUGGAAUGCUAAAUAGGUCAGGUAGGUACAGCUGUAGGAUGUUCUUUCUUGCCCUUAGUAUGUGCAUUUGCUGAAGCUGGAACCCUAAAUGAUGAUUCAGCUGCUGCUACUCAUUGAGUGCUGGAGGGGCCAUUCCUCCAAAUGGGCAACACGUGCUCUUCCCCAGUCUCUAACAGAGCAGUACUUGGGAUAUAUCACCUUGAAACAGUCUUUGUAGGCACAAAUAAGAAAGCAAGGUAGCUUGGGUGCCUGGUAUCAUUGAUCCAUUUAUCCUUCCAAUGUUUUAAGCUACAUUUGCCAGUACUGACCUUUCUGCUGAGCUUGGUGAGGGCUUUCUUCUGUCUUGAAUAACAAAUACUGAACUAGCUGCACAUGCUGCUCAGCUGUUCCAGGUGGCUUUUAGAAGAAAACACGUUUGGGCACCAUAUCUUGUUCCACCAGCUCUUGCCUUGUCUAAAAUUAGCCACGUGUUCCCAAAGGCUUUUGUUUCUCACCAGACUUCUAACCUACAGUGACACUUGCUUUGGCUUUGCUGGGAUGCAGCUGCAGUCUGCCACUGCACACACCACGCGCUGGCUCCCAAAAUGCUGCGAACUGUAGCAAAACCCACUGAGCUUUAGCUAAGGCACCAUGGGUCUGGAAGGGGUGUAAUGAAUUUUGAUCUUCGUCUCUCAUUUCUUUACCUGUUACUAACUUUUUGCCCUUUCCUUCCCUCCGAGGCUAAGGCACCUGUUGAUUCCCAGCCGUUGUCGUGGAGCAGACGCGGGAUUUCCCAAUAAACACAAGGAUUUCAUGCGA